GCAGAUUUCUGUAUUCUGCAGGAGGAUUCAAAAUGGCGGAUGCAACAGAAAAGGCGCAAGAGAUGGACGAUGAUGCCUGGCUGUACGGUGAAUCAGGCAGCAAACCUACAGAAAAAAAUAUUGACGAUGGCCCGGAAGAUGCCCUUCAACAAAGCAAUCAAAGCAAUCCCAUAGAAAGCUCAGGAUCUUCGGAAGCGGGUUCUUCAAUGAAUGCAGUUGAGGAGAAACAAGAGAUUGAACAGAAUGCUACAAACGAAGCAGCAGAAUUUAACGGAACUUCAGAAGAUCAUGAAAGGCCGAACGGUACUCCUACCGAAAAUGAAGAAAGCGACAAAGAGGAUGAAAAAGAUGGUGAUCAGGACGACGAAGACGAUGACUCGGAAGAUGAUGUUCGAAUUGUAAUUGACAACAUCCAAAAUAAGCCUCAACUCGAAUGUGUUAGGCCAACACCUACAACCGUUCAUCCAACAGCAACAGGACCAAAGGGUACUAUCGAUUUGGAAGCGCCAGGUAACAUAAAUGGUUCCGCUGUUCUGGAUUAUGAUUUGGACUCGAGCGAAGACAAACCUUGGAGAAAACCCGGUGCUGAUAUAACAGAUUAUUUCAAUUAUGGCUUCACAGAAGAGACGUGGCGAUCUUAUUGUGAUAAACAAAAGCGUUUAAGAAAUGAUAACUUGAUGAUUGGUAAAUUGGCGACAAAUUUGGUUAACUUUGCUACUCAACUGCGAGCUCCUAAUCCAAAUUUAACUAUAGUAGGUCAAAAACCUAUGAUGAUGUCUACUGGGUCGACUGGUGUUACUACUGUAACAGCAACUCCAGUUAUCGCUGGCAUGACGAAACCAAGUCAGAAUACAGUUCCUUUAGUGGCUACUCCAAGAGAUGAAACACCACCGCUUUCACCUUCUCCUGAUGACGGAGACUCUACUCCUCCACCACCACCCACAACAAGUAUAGGAGCGUCUAUGCAACAACCUUCUUCAAAACCUCUCGUUGUAAAUGCAAUAAGGCCAACAAUAUCAGCAUCUAUACCUACUAUUGGCGUUCCAACACCAGAUUUUAGUAUACCUCCUCCGGGUUUUCCUCCACCUCAUGGACCAAUGCCUGGGUUUGCACCUCAAGGGGCUGUAGCUGCUGCAGCACUAUUAGGAAAUCUUGCCAACAUGGCUGCCUUCAAUCCUAAUAUUCCUCCACCAGAUAGGCCCCCAUUUGGUUUGCCAUUUGCUCGCCCCCCAAAUCCUAAUCAAUGGCAACAGGUUGUUCCACAAGCCAACAAAUCUCCUAACGCUCGUCACGAUAUGACACCGUCUCCUCCUGAACAUGGAAUUAAAGAAAUCACGUCUCCCAUUAUAGUUAAACCAUAUGACAGGGAAUACAGACGGUCUCGAACAAGAAGCAGAGAACGAGAAAGAGAUAGAGAUAGAGAUAGAGAAAGAAGAUACCACGAAGAGAGAAGAUACUACUAUCACGAUCGAGAAUAUAGAGAUAGGUACAGGGAUUACGACAGAGAAAGGAGAAGAAGCAGGGAUCGUGAUCGAGACAGAGAAAGAGAUCGUGAGAGAGAUCGUCACAAAAGAAGUCCAGAACGACCUAAAGACAGAGACAAGGAAAAGGAACGCAGAAAACGAGGAUUAAGUGAGGAAGAGGAACGAUCCUCAAGGCACAAAAAACAUAAAAAAUCAAGUAAAAAAUCUAAAAAGGAAAAAGAUUCGGAGCGUUCGUCUGAUCGGCAACAAUCUCCUAGUGGCACCCGAGAAGUUACUCCGAGUUCAGACACAAAAUAA